UCCCUUGGGGACCGGGAUCCCUUGGCUGGGGUGGUGUGGUUGUGUUUGGGGCAGGCGGUGUGAGUGUGUGCGUGUGGGGCAUUCCUAGAUUAUCCUGGGGAGUUGGAGGCCGGCCUGCCAGCAGGGGGUGGAGAUGCCUGCGAGCGUGAAAAGGAUGCUGCUAAUUUAGAGACCGGCCAGAGCUUUGCAGGAAAGCGGCAGGGAGUGUUUGGGGAAGAGGCCGGCAGCGAGAGAAGGCCGCUGAAUCCCAAGAUGGGCUUGGACAACCGCUGCCAAAGGACCAUGUCGGGGUCCUCCGAUCCAGAGAGCGGGACGGGGGCCUCCCCACUGCCGCCCCCUCCCUAUGCUGGGGAAGGGGCCUUGGAGCUGCGGGGCUCUCUGGAUUGCUGGGCGUGCGCCGUGCUGGUCACGCUCCAGAACCUGCUGGUGGGGACGCUCAACCUCCUCCUGGUGGCCCUCAUCUUCGGCAUCAUCUUGUUCCCUUCAGGAGUCCUCCUGGGAUUUGGGUUCCUGUGCCAUUCCAAGUUCUUCAACACCCAGGCCCAGUACUGCACGGCUCACUUGCACGACACCGGCUCCGUGGCUCUCCUCGUGGUGGGAUUCACCCUCCUGGUGCCCCUACUGGUCUUGGCGUUGGCCGCCUACUGCCGCGUGGCCCGCCGCCUGCAACUCGGCUACUGCCUCAUUCCCUACAGCAAAGCCGUCUACAAGAACAUGCCCGUCUCUCGCUACCACAGCUCCAGUUGCUGCUGCACCCAAGAUCUUGACUCUGUGGAGAAAGUUUGGGUUUGAGACUGGGGCAGAAAGGGGGCAGUUGGGGACCGGGGGAGGGACAUAGAAAUGCUUGGGCGACAGAGUGGAAUGAGUCUAUCGAGAGUUAUCGGCUGAGAAAUUUAAGGUGGCAACCUCUGAAGGAUGAGAUUACUCCACCCCAACAACCACGGAUACUUCACAGUAGUGAGAUGUGUAAUCGAGCGUCAGGCUCUUCCCAAACCUCGGUUCAUGGGUGUGUGUUCCCCCAAACAGGUGCUAAAUUCUCCCCAAUUCUGGUGCACCCACUACAAAGAGAGUGGGGAAGAGAAACGCACAUUUGGCUUAUGUAACUCAAGCACCGCGAUGCCCAAAAUAUUCCUCUGUGGAUCAUAAGCAAUUCGUUCAGGGAAAGGAUCAAUCACUUUGGGAGGGGCAGGGGAAACGAUGCAGGCCCUUCGUCGCCUGGGUAGCAGAGCCAAAAGCACCCAGCCCCAUCUCCCCGAAAAGCAACCUGGGGCGAUGCUACUAUCCAGUUGUUUCUCUCUUCGCUGAACUGGGUGGUUGUUAUGUGGUAAAUUUGACAAGUGCUCCGCAGUAGAAGUUGUGGAGAGGUGACUCCAUUUAAGUGAAGUGUGUGAGUGAUGGGGCGGGGCGGGGGGGCGGAGCUUUCUGCCCUAGCAAGAAGUUCACCUGUGGCAGGUGGAACUCAUUGCCAGGUAAUAUAUACCUGCAGUUCGGAGAUGGGCCAAAUAAUAGGAAAUGGAGGCUGGUAAUGGGAGUGUUUGGCAGAACUUGGGCCCCAGGGUAGCGCCCAAGAUGAACGGUUUGCCGCUGUGCUAGAGGUAGGGUGGGGACCCACAGGUUUUUGCGUGCCUUGGUCUUUCGUUGUGCUUGCCUUGAAUCCUUGUGCUAUUACACAUGUACAUGCAAAGUUUAUGCUUGGCUCAGUCUAUACUGGAGGCAGAAUGAUGCCCCAAAUAUGUAUUCAAGACAGUUCCUUCAAUAUACUUUUUUUUAACUUUUA